AUGGUUUAAGUACCAUAGGCAAGUAUAAAAUGGUCGAAGUCUUCCAUGCUCCCGUUUGCAUUUGUAGACAGACAUAGCGCUCUUAUCAAAGAAAUCACCUCUUCCAUCCAUUCAGUCAAUAUGCCGAAACCCAAACGCCCGGAGACUGUCGCAGUCUCUAAGUCUGACAAACGGCAUCUUCUCACUUACCUAGAGCAUGCAGACCCAAACCAUAUUCAAGUUUCUCUAUGGGAUGUUAGGUGGCGUCCAACACACGGAGAAACCAGAUCCGCCUCAAGACUCACUUUUCAUAUCGGUGUCCGUUUCGUUCAAGGCGAAUACCAAACAUGUAUCUUAGUCGAUUCUGAAGAAGGAGAAUUGCCAGUUGAUGAUACUGUUCGAAAUUGGGGCCCCUCUAUGCCAAAUUUGGGGGAGGUACUGCAAUAUUAUCAGAAACUGUUCGGAGUCCAAGCUUUGAAGCCUCUGAUUAGGAAGCAACAGCCUCGUCGGGACGAUGAUGACGACAAUGAGGAGGGCGGUUCAUCUAGCCGUGCGUGGAGAAAAAAGAUUCAAAAAAGCAACAAACCUGGAUACUAUUAUUACUACGAUGAACAAGAAGAGUAUCGUGAAUGCGAUGAGAAGGGAAAUGAUAUAUACAGAAGCUACAAGAACUCAAGUCCGCAAGGGAUGACCGGGAAAAUUGGUUCGCAAAGUAGUAGGGGGGAGAGGAGGUAUGAAGAGAGGAGGUAUGGAGAGAGGGGAUAUGGAGAGAGGGGAUAUGGAGAGAGAGCUUCUGGGGAGCGGGGGUAUGGAGGGAGAGCAGAGAGGGGAUAUGGAGAGAGGGAAUAUACCCAGACUUCCCAAACGACUUACCACACCGACACAAAGACAGGCAAGAUAUACUACAUUGACAAGUAUGGUAAGUCCCACUGGGCUUGAAGUACUUGGGCAUUGGGGAAUAGCUCUUGGGAGGAAUUGAGCUGUCCGGUGUCUACUAUCUCUACUGCCUCUACUAGUUCUACUGCCUCUACUCGUUCUACUGUUUCUACUAGUUCUACUGUUUCUAUCGCAAUUUGGAUACGUCUCUUAUUUCUACUGCUUCUCAACACACUCUUGUACAA